AUGCCUCCACCGCCGACCUCGCCCACCCAGGGCCAGCCUGCCGCGAAACCGCAGCAGCAGCAGCAGCAGCAGCAGCAGCAGCAGCAGCAAAAGCACCAUCACUCGCAGUCCCAGGGCUCCUUGAGCUAUGGCCCGCCGCUUCCCCCACGACCGCCACCGCCUCCCCUGUCCGUCGGCCCUCCCAGCUCCUUCCCGUCCGCAAGAGAGCUUCCUGCCUUGACCUCUCUCGCCAGGUCCGGAGGCGCCGUGGGCAGUUCCAUGUCCAUCUCUUCCAUGCUCGGCGGCCCUCCACCGGCCUCGCGUGAAUCCCAGCAGCCCCCUCAACAUUAUGCGCCUCACGGGCCGCCCCCGCCUCCUACCUCGGGGCCUGGCUUCGGCCCAUCGUCGUCGUCUUUGCAGGCGUCGCCGCUGAUGCAUUCUGCGUCGUCCGAAUACCCUCCUUUCCGCCGUCCGCAAACCCCCGACCACCCCCCGAGACAGCCUUUCGACCCCCGAGGGAGCGCCGCCCCGUCUCCUCGCGGUGGUCCUUACUGCACCACCCCCGACGUGCAACGGUACGGCACCCCCCAAGGCUACCAUCAGCGCCAUCCAUCCGCACCGCCCGACACGUCGAGGGAUUCGGGCAGGCUGUCGGUCGGUCCGCCGACGGCAUCAAGUAGCCACGCAAAGCCUCCUUCCUACGCUGCUAUGCCGCCACGAACCAUGGAUGUGGGUCGCCCUGAGGAUCCCUACCCACGCCGCGAUGACGGCGGUCGGCCAGCGACGGGCAUGGGCAUCGAGUAUAACCCCGAACGGUCGGGGCUGCGUCCGGCUUACCCAUACGAUGAGAGGUACCGAGCAGAAAGGGAUCGCCAGUCCGUGACUGAGCAUCGUGGGAGGGAGGGUAGGGAGAGAGGCUACUCGGGCGGAGCCGAUCCUCGGCGUCAGCACAUGUCUCCUCAUGAACUUGGCCACCCUGAUGCACACGCGAGCCAGUCCCCGUACGGACGACCCCCGGAUCCGCGCGAUCCACGAGAUCAGUGGGGGCGACCCCAUCCUGAUGCCAACGUACGACCUCCUACAGAGCACCACCAGCGUCCCCAGCAACCAGAUUACGCGGCAUCAGGACCCUAUUCGCACCACGGGCCGGCGUAUCAAGGCGCUCCGCCGGAGCAUUAUCCACCGACGUCGUCGCACCCCUCCCGCCCUUCAGCGACCGCCGCACCCGCGCCGCCCCCGCAGGCGUAUGAAUCCGACCGGGCCCGUAUAGAUCAAAUGGACCAACAUCAGCCGCCGCAGCCGCCGCCGCCUCCGCCGCCUCCGCCGCCUCAUCACGGGCCCCAUCGCACUCGCGACGAAACCGCGGCGCCACCUGCUGCGGCAUACAGCAACGUCCACCCUCCUCCGUCGUCGUAUGACUCUGCGAGAAAAGGAAACGACGAUCAUCAUGCGCCCAACGGAUUGCAGCGCAAUUUGCUGGCCGUCCAAGACAUUAGUCGCAAAGGAAGAAUGUCGCCGUUGCCUCAAGCUGUACAGGGCGCCCAGCCUCAGCAACCAGGACCGGGUGCCGAACCAGGAAUCAAGAGCGAGUUUGGCCGUAUGUUUUCGGGAAUUGGAAGCGGUGUCAGCGGUAUUGGCAUGUCCAGCCCCAUCACGUCCUCCUCGGCCGUCACCUCCCUCGUCGCUGGUCCUGGCUCGCAUCUCGGCGUCACGAAACGAGACGAUGCCGACAUCACGGCCGACCCAGGAGCGGAUCAUGGAGGCAAGGCACCCAAGGCAGGUAGAAGACGGAAACUAAAGGAUGAAGAAGGUCGUGAUGAUGAUAGCACAGGCCGGCUUACCCCUGCUGGGCGGGCCAACAAGCGACCCAAGGCGCACCAGCACCAGCACCAUCACCAUCAUCACCACCACCACCACCACCACCCUUCUCCUCAAGGUGCCGCGCCGUCACCAACAGCAGGAGUCGCUGCAUUGAAGAGUCUCAAAGGCAGCACACUGGUGGGUUCACCCAUGGACAAAUCUCACCAUCACCACCACCACCACCAUGGCCCGAAAGCAGGGACGCAGACGCAGUCAGGCGGCCAGACCAAGGCCGCGGCAACGUCAACGGCUAUCCCACCCAAAACGAAAACCAUUGUAUCCUCCAAGGCAGUCCUGGAUUCAGUCGCGCAUCGCCCCAGGCAUCAUUUGGGAGAUUUCAUUUACGAGCCUCAACUGAAACCCGAGCGUGUUCUUCCCAACACCCCAACGCACCGGGGGUUCUCCUCGAACCCGAAACCGCUUCCUUGGGACAUUAUCAAGGACAGAGAGAACUGCACGUUGACGGUCAAGGUUCCGCGCAUUCAUCUGUCCUCUGUAGCCCGCGAGGAGAUCACAGCUCGGGCGUACCUUUGGGGCACAGACGUGUACACGGACGACUCGGACGUCGUCGCAGCCUGCAUCCACGGGGGGUGGAUCAAGGGUGAAUGGACCGAGGACGUCGAUACGGCAAUGCUGGACCUGGAGCUUGGGUUCGGCGGUAAACGGAAACAGAAAGCUCGGGUCCCUGAACUGCCGAGUCGAGAAUCCGAAGGCACAAUCACGGCGCCUCCGUCGUCGGGACCCAUGGCGGUCCCAGCCAACCGCGACCUCCAUGUCAACAUCCUGAUUCUUCCGCGUUUGACAAGGUACUCGAGCUGUACGCGCUUUGGCAUUACCAGCCGAGAAUUCGGCGGUCAGUACGGCGGCCGACACUCCGCGCACGAUGGAAUCAGCUACAUGAUCAAGAGCAUCCGCUGGGUCGAGAAUGGGGGGCAACCGCAAGCGAGGCUGCGAGGCCGGGCGCGACGGGAACGGAUGCGCAAAGCCAUGAGGGAGGUAACAGUCAGCUUUGGCAACAUUGGCGGCUUAGAGCUGGGACAGGCAAAAGACGGCAGCGCCAAGACGACGACGACGACGACGACGACAACGACGACGACACCGCCGACGACGACGAUGGCGACGACUACUAGGGGAGAAGUCACGGGCAACUGGACAAGGGCGGAUCAGCAAUCGGCUGCUCACGUCGACCCGGGCGAGAAGCAGGAUCAAGAUCGAGCAGUGAGCGAGGGUAACAAGGAGAACCGAUCCGGCGGAAUCUCGGGGCCCAAGGAGAUAUCCGAAGGCCGCAAAGCCGCAAGAGACGAGGACGCUGGGAUGGCCAACGCCGCAGAUGCGGAGAGGAGGACGGCGGUCGAGGGAGAAUGCAAGUGA